AUGGCUCCUCCUUGGCAGAGACUGGGUUUAUAUGCCUUUCUUCUAAAACAGCAGCUAAACGAUGGGCCAGAUGUCAUUAAGUGGGGAAGGAGAGUGAUUCCAGGAUGGUCCAGAGGUAUUUACAGUGCCACAGGAGAGUGGACCAAGGAGUAUACAUUGCAGACAAGAAAGGAUGUGGAGAAAUGGUGGCAUCAGCGAAUAAAAGACCAGGCCUUCAAGGUUUCAGAAGCUGAUAAAUCAAAGCCCAAGUUUUACGUGCUCUCCAUGUUCCCUUAUCCCUCUGGCAAGCUGCACAUGGGCCACGUGCGCGUGUAUACCAUCAGCGACACCAUUGCACGCUUCCAGAAGAUGAGAGGGAUGCAGGUUAUCAACCCUAUGGGCUGGGAUGCAUUUGGAUUGCCUGCCGAAAAUGCUGCAAUCGAGAGGAAUCUACAUCCAGAAAGCUGGACGCAAAGUAAUAUCAGACACAUGAGGAAACAGCUUGAUCAACUGGGCCUGUGUUUCAGCUGGGACAGGGAAAUAACGACGUGUUUACCAGAUUACUACAAAUGGACUCAGUAUCUCUUUAUUAAACUCUAUGAAGCUGGACUGGCCUAUCAAAAGGAGGCCUUGGUUAACUGGGACCCGGUGGACCAAACAGUGCUUGCCAAUGAGCAGGUGGAUGAACAUGGCUGUUCAUGGCGUUCUGGAGCAAAGGUGGAGCAGAAGUACCUCAGACAGUGGUUUAUUAAGACAACUGCUUAUGCAAAGGCCAUGCAGGAUGCGCUGGCAGACCUUCCGGAAUGGUACGGGAUAAAAGGCAUGCAGGCCCACUGGAUCGGGGACUGUGUGGGCUGCCAUCUGGACUUCACGUUAAAGGUUGAUGGGCAAGUCACAGGAGAAAAGCUGAGCGCCUACACAGCCACCCCCGAGGCCGUUUAUGGCGCCUCCCAUGUGGCCAUCUCUCCCAGCCACAGGCUCUUGCACGGGCACAGCCCUCUGAAGGAAACCUUUCAGAAGGCCCUCGUCCCUGGCCAAGAUUGCCUGACGCCUGUGACGGCUGUGAGCAUGCUCACCCAGCAGGAAGUCCCGGUCAUCAUCUUGGCCAAAGCUGACUUGGAGGGCUCUCUAGAUGCAAAAAUAGGAAUUCCCAGCACCAGCUUAGAGGACUCCGCCUUGGCCCAGGCUCUGGGCCUGUCCUACUCGGAAGUCAUUGAAACGACGCCAGACGGCACAGAGAGACUGAGUGACUCUGCGGAGUUCACAGGUAUGCAGCGGCAGGCUGCGUUUCUAGCCCUGACUCAGAAAGCCCGGAGGGAGAGAGUGGGCGGUGACGUGACGAGUGACAAGCUGAAGGACUGGCUGAUCUCGAGGCAGCGGUACUGGGGCACGCCCAUCCCCAUGGUCCACUGUCCGGCCUGUGGGCCCGUGCCCGUGCCUUUGGAGGACUUGCCCGUGACCCUGCCCAGCAUCACCUGUUUCACCGGCAAGGGAGGCUCCCCACUGGCCUCGGCUUCCGAGUGGGUGAACUGCUCCUGCCCUAGGUGCAAAGGAGCAGCCACAAGAGAGACAGAUACGAUGGAUACCUUUGUGGAUUCUGCUUGGUACUACUUCAGAUAUACUGACCCUCAGAAUACUCAGAGCCCUUUCAGCACAGCGCUGGCAGAUUACUGGAUGCCUGUGGAUUUGUACAUUGGAGGGAAAGAGCAUGCUGUCAUGCACUUGUUCUAUGCGAGAUUCUUCAGUCAUUUUUGCCACGAUCAAAAAAUGGUCAAACACAGAGAGCCUUUUCAUAAACUGCUGGCCCAAGGCCUUAUCAAGGGGCAGACAUUCCGCCUACCGUCUGGACAGUAUCUACGGCGAGAGGAAGUAGAUCUCACAGGUUCCGAUCCCGUUCACGCAAACACGAGGGAGCAGCUCGAGGUGAGCUGGGAGAAGAUGAGCAAAUCCAAGCACAAUGGCGUGGAGCCCGAGGACGUGGUGGACCAGUACGGCAUCGACACCGUCCGGCUGUACAUCCUCUUCGCCGCCCCUCCGGAGAAGGAUGUCUUGUGGGAUGUGAAGACUGAUGCACUCCCUGGGGUGCUGAGAUGGCAGCAGCGUCUGUGGUCUUUGGUGACGCGAUUUAUCGAGGCCAGGACAUCUGGGAAGGCGCCCAGGCCUCAGCUGUUGAGCGACAAGGAGAAAGCCGAGGCCAGGAGGCUGUGGGAGUACAAGAACUCGGUCAUCUCUCAGGUGACUGCCCAUUUCACAGAGGACUUCUCGCUGAACUCUGCAAUUUCUCAGCUGAUGGGACUCAGCAGUGCCCUCUCGCAAGCUUCGCAGAGAGUUGUUCUCCACAGCCCCGAGUUCGAGGAUGCCCUGUGUGCCCUGAUGGUGAUGGCCGCCCCCAUGGCCCCUCACAUAACCUCAGAGCUCUGGGCAGGCCUGGCACUGGUGCCACAGAAGCUGUGUGCCCACUACGCCUGGGACGCCAGCGUGCUGCUUCAGGCCUGGCCCACCGUGGACCCGCAAUUCCUCCAGCAGCCCGAGGUCGUGCAGAUGGCGGUUCUGAUCAACAACAAAGCCUGUGGCAAAGUCCCCGUACCCCAGAAUGUCGCCCAGGACCAGGACAAAGUCCAUGAACUGGUUCUCCAGAGCGAGCUGGGUGUCAGGCUCUUACAGGGGCGAAGCAUCAAGAAGGCCUUCCUGUCCCCACGCACCGCCCUCAUCAACUUCCUGGUGCAGGAGUGA